AUGAAUUUAAAACCGCCCCGAUAUAUCCUCGCCAGCAUCCUCUGCUCAUGCGGUGGUCUACUUUUUGGGAUGGACACGGGCAUAAUCGGUCCCAUAACCGUCAUGAAGCCUUUCGUCGCUCAAUUUGGCAACCAGUCAGCCACUGUCCACGGUCUGAUCGUCUCGUCCAUUCUUAUUCCCGCUGCGAUAUCCUCAUUUUUCGCGGGCUAUCUGGCAGAUAAACUAGGACGACCUACGGGAAUAAGCAUUGGUGCGUUGAUCUUUGGUAUCGGAGCCGCACUCGAAGCUGCUGCGGUUCAUUUGGCUAUGUUCAUUGUGGGGAGAUGUAUUGAGGGGAUUGGGGAGGGGUUGUAUCUGGGGACGUUGGUCGUGUAUAUAUGUGAAAUCUCCCCGACCAGCGUCCGCGGAGCGCUGACGACCGGCCCGCAAUUGCUCAUCACACUUGGUUUGGUGAUGGGUUUCUUCACUUGCUACGGAACUUCACGUAUCGAAUCGUCAUUCUCAUGGCGGACGCCUUUUAUCAUCCUAGCCUGCUUGUCCACUGUCUUCUCCGUCGCUGCAUAUCUGUGGCUCACCCCCUCACCUCGAUGGUUGACCCUUCACGGCCGGAAGUCUGAAGCCGCUGAAACAUGGGACCUGCUUGGUGUUGGUCUGGCGGAACGAGAGAAAGUUGAAAUUGAAGAGAUUCGGGGAUCAGGAUCGAAUGCGCAUCAAGCGGAGCUCGAACGCGAGCAUGUUGAGGCUGCAAGACCUCAGAAAUCAACCAAGCAUGGCUUCUUCGAUCUUUUCUCUCGGGACGUGCGGACACGCACUGCACUUGCAGUUUUUCUCAUGGGGAUGCAGCAGCUCAGCGGAAUCGAUGGGGUUCUCUACUACGCCCCCCUCCUCUUCGAACAAGCCGGCCUAGCCUCUUCAGAAGCUAGCUUCUUCGCCUCCGGUGUCUCUGCCAUAGUAAUCUUCGCCGUUACCAUCCCUGCCCUCAUCUGGGCCGACAAAUGGGGCCGCCGACACAGCAUCAUCUACGGCGGGCUCGGGCUUGGCAUCACAAUGUUCCUAAUCGGCGCACUAUACGCUUCUCAAACCGUGCACGGCUCCACCGGCGCCGGCCGCUGGGUCGUCAUCGUCUCCAUAAACAUCUUCGCCGUGAUUUACUCCCUCAGCUGGGGCGUGGGGAUCAAGAUCUACGCGGCUGAGAUCCAGCCACAGCGCACACGCGCAUCCGCGACGAGUCUCGCGCACGGAAGUAACUGGGCGACUAACUUUCUAGUUGCGUUGACGACGCCGAUUUUGUUGUCGACCAGUAGUUUUGGAGCGUAUUUUCUGUUCGCGGGGUGUACGCUUCUCACGGCGUUUGUGUGUGCGGUGUUCAUGCCGGAGACCAAGGGGAGGUCUUUGGACGAGAUUGAGGAGGCGUUCAAGUGGAAGGUUGUUGGGAAGCAGAAUCUGGCAAAACCUCUCAACCAGCAAUUCCAGUUGCUUCGCUGCAGAUUGCAACUCGUCUCUAUAUUAUCUACGUUGCUAGCGGCCAUGCCCCCUCGCAGGAGGCCCCAGGCUUCCGCAGCCGCAAAUGCAGAGGCUGCAAGGAACGCUGCCCCAGGGCGAAAGCGACCCUCGCAAUCUAAGUCGGCUUCUACUUCAGCGCAGUCUGCGCAAGCCCCCGAACAACGGCAGCAGGAUGACCCGACAGAAAAGCACGAGCCGUACAUUCCUUACCCGUAUCGCCAUCGGGAUCCGUUCGAUGCGCUGCUCGAGCCUUUCUACUAUAACAAGUCGCUGACCGAUCCGAUUAACACGGCCCAGGAUAAAUGGAAUCUGCUGCCGGCGUUCCUGAAGGUGAAGGGAUUGGUCAAGCAGCACAUCGACUCGUACAACUACUUUGUCGAAGUGCAACUGAAGAAGAUCGUCGAGUCGAGUUCAACGAUCCGCAGCGACGUCGACCAUAACUUCUACAUCAAAUUCACCGAUAUCUACCUCGGUUCUCCCCGCCGCGCAGACGAGCCGCAGGACGCCGGGUUCAACGUUGAGUCUACUGUGUCGCCGCAGGAAUGUCGACUUCGAGAUACGACUUAUGCCGCGCCGAUUCGCGUUGAUUUUGAAUAUGUCCGUGGUAGACAAAGGGUUAUCAAACGGGGUGUCUCGAUUGGCCGUAUGCCUGUCAUGCUUCGGAGUUCGAAGUGUGUGUUGGCGAACAAGACGCCGUCGGAAAUGACUGUGCUUAACGAAUGUCCACUUGAUCCGGGUGGCUAUUUCAUUGUCAACGGUACGGAGAAGGUUAUUCUCGUGCAGGAGCAGUUGAGUAAGAACCGUAUCAUUGUUGAGACGGACGCGAAGAAGGAGAUUGUGCAGGCUUCUGUUACUAGUUCAUCGAACGAGCGAAAGUCUAAGAGCUAUGUCGUCUUCAAGAAAGAAAAGCUUGUCGUUAAGCACAAUGUCCUGAAUGAAGAUAUUCCAAUCGUUAUUCUCCUCAAGGCAAUGGGUAUCCACACCGACAAAGAGAUGAUGCUUCUCGUCGCCGGUGUCGAUAAAGUGUACCAGGAGGAUUUCGCCAUCAACUUCGAAGAGGCGAUCAAACUGGGCAUUCAUACGCAACAGCAAGCUCUCGAGUGGAUUGGCGCGCGAAUCAAGAUCAACAGGAAGCAAAUGUCAUACCGCAGGACCCAUGUUCAGGAGGCAGUUGAGGCCAUCGCAUCUGUCAUCAUUUCGCACAUCGAAGUUAAGAACAUGAACUUCCGCCCCAAGGCCCUCUAUGUGGCGCAUAUGGCGCGUCGUGUGCUGAUGGCCAAGAACGACGAUACUCUGGUGGAUGACCGUGACUACCUGGGUAAUAAGCGACUGGAACUGGCUGGUCAGUUGCUAGCGUUGCUGUUUGAAGAUCUGUUCAAGAAGUUCUGCUUUGACAUCAAAAUGAACAUCGACAAGGUCCUGAACAAGCGCAACCGAGCAGAGCAGUUUGAUGCCUGGAGCGUCAUGAGUAUGCAUGGUAAUCACAUCACUCAAGGAAUGAACCGUGCCAUUUCAACAGGUAACUGGAGUUUGAAGCGUUUCCGUAUGGAGCGUGCCGGUGUCACCCACGUUCUGAGCAGAUUGAGUUAUAUCGCAGCGUUGGGUAUGAUGACUCGUAUCAGCAGUCAGUUCGAAAAGACAAGAAAGGUCAGCGGUCCCAGAGCGCUUCAACCGUCACAGUUCGGUAUGUUGUGUCCAGCAGAUACGCCCGAAGGUGAAGCAUGUGGUCUGGUCAAGAACCUGGCUCUCAUGACACACAUCACCACCAACGAUGAAGAAGGUCCUGUGCGAAACUUGAUCUUCAUGUUGGGUGCGGAGGAUAUCCAAACCAUCGGUGGUAAGGAGCUGUAUGCACCUGGCUGCUAUACGAUUUCGAUCAACGGUACACCAACGGCACUCACACGGCGUCCGAAGUACUUCCUCGACGCCUUCCGACGACUGCGUCGGAUGGGCAGAAUCUCUGAGUUUGUCAGUAUCUUCAUCAACCACCACCAGCGGGCGGUGCAUAUCGCAACAGACGAUGGCCGGAUUUGCAGACCUCUCAUCGUUGUCGAGAAUGGCAAGUCUAUGGUCACUGCACACCACCUGGAAAAACUCCGCGAUGGAACGAUGCAAUUCGAUGACUUCCUCGCGCAGGGUUUGGUGGAAUAUUUGGACGUGAACGAGGAAAACGACUCGCUCAUCGCCAUCUACGAAAAAGACAUCAGCGAGACCACGACACAUCUCGAAAUUGAGCCGUUCACCGUCCUCGGUGCAGUCGCCGGUCUAAUUCCUUACCCACACCAUAACCAGUCGCCGCGUAACACCUACCAAUGUGCAAUGGGUAAACAAGCCAUUGGCGCCAUCGCGUCGAACCAGUUCCUCCGCAUCGACUCAAUCCUCUACCUCAUGGUGUACCCCCAGAAACCAAUGGUCAAGUCGCGGACAAUCGAACUGACCAAAUACGACCACCUCCCUGCCGGACAAAACGCCAUGGUCGCAGUCAUGAGUUACUCUGGUUACGAUAUCGAAGAUGCCCUUGUCCUGAAUAAGGGUUCCGUCGACCGCGGCUUCGGACGCUGUCAGGUCUUCCGCAAAUACGUAACAAACCUAAAGAGUUACUCCAACGGCACAAAGGACCGUCUCGACCCCCCACAGUACGAGAACGAUGCGCCCAUCCGCAAACAUGCCCUCCUCCAAAACGACGGUCUCGCCGCGGUCGGCGAAGCAGUCAACGCAGGCGAAGUCUACAUCAACAAAUCAACCCCAGACCAAGCACACUCCUCAGGCAUCACAGGCUCCGACCUAGGCCGCCCCGUCAGCUUCCAACCAACCCCGAUGACCUACAAACUCCCCGACCCCGCGCACAUCGACAAGGUCAUGGUCUCAGCAACCGAGGGCGAAAACCAACUCAUCAAGGUUCUCACGCGUCAAACCCGCCGCCCAGAAGUCGGAGACAAAUUCUCCUCCCGCCACGGCCAAAAGGGUGUCGUAGGUAUCAUCGCUGACCAAUCCGACAUGCCCUUCACAGACUCGGGAAUCAACCCAGACAUCAUCAUGAACCCCCACGGUUUCCCCUCCCGCAUGACAGUCGGGAAAAUGCUGGAGCUCGUCGCCGGAAAGGCAGGCGUGUUAGCCGGCCACCACGGCUACGGCACAUGUUUCGGCGGAACACCCGUCGAAGAAACAUCGCGCAUCCUCGUCGAAAAGGGCUUCAGCUACGGUGGAAAGGAAUACCUCACCUCGGGUAUCACAGGCGAAGCCCUUCCGUUCUAUGUGUUUACAGGACCAAUCUACUACCAAAAACUAAAGCACAUGGUCCAAGACAAGAUGCACUCCCGUGCCCGCGGUCCCCGCGCAAUGCUCACCCGGCAACCCACCGAAGGACGAUCUCGAGACGGUGGUUUGCGUCUCGGAGAAAUGGAACGUGACUGUCUCAUCGCGUACGGAACCUCGCAACUGCUUCUCGAGCGGUUGAUGAUCUCGUCUGAUCGCCAUGAAAUCGACGUCUGUGAGACGUGUGGGUUCAUGGGGUACUUGAACUGGUGUCAGCGGUGUAAGUCGUCGCGGGGUGUGGUGAAGAUGGCGAUUCCGUAUGCGGCGAAGUUGUUGAUUCAGGAGUUGAUGAGUAUGAAUGUUACGGCGCGGUUGAAGUUGGAGGAUGAGUUUCCGGAGUCCAAGGGGCGGUAG